UCUCAGUCAGUCAGUCGGUCACACGCUGAACUCAUCAAUAAGCUGAUCAGUCAGUGAGCAGCUCAGGUGACUCUCCACCUUUACUGAACAACAACCUUCAUGUUUCUGAGAACGUGAACAGGAUUUUUACUCUGAAAGGCUGCAGAUGUUUUGUGAGGAGUUCAUCUGGAUGCAGCUUCUGAACCAAAGCCAGCAAACUGAGGAUGGGAGCAGCAGUGUGUAGGGAGGAGGUGAAGGGGGAGAAGAGGAGGAGCGUGGGGAUGGAGGACAGCCUGACGUCAGCAGACAGAAUCCGUCGAUUCACCGUCAGACAGUUCGGAUACAACGUCUUGAGUCUGGCUCGCCGAGGACUGAAGGAGGUCCCAGAUGAACUGUGGGAGCUGUUGGAGUUGGAGAAGCUGAACUUGUCUCUCAACAGUCUGAAGGUCCUUCCUCCUCAGCUGGCUCUGCUCUCCAACCUGGUGGUGCUCAACCUCUGGGGCAACCAGCUGAGCAGCCUGCCAGCAGAGAUCGGACAGCUGAGGAGACUCAGAGUCUUGUUUGCCUACAGAAACAGACUGACUGAAGUUCCUGAAGAGCUGGGAGCCUGUACACAACUGGAGGUGUUGAGUUUGGCCAACAACCAGCUGUCCUCACUGCCUGCCUCUCUCUCCAAUCUGACCAGACUGAGGAAACUCAAUCUCAGUCACAACCACAUCGCUCACAUCCCAGGCUGUGUCUACAACAUGAAGGCUCUGGUGUUUCUCCACCUGGCCUGUAACCGUCUGGAGAACCUAGCAGAGAAUAUCCAGGCUCUGGUAGAGCUAAAGAUCCUCAUUGUGGAGGGAAACAGCCUCCACUCUCUGCCUAAGGCUCUGUGCUGCCUCACCAGGCUGGAGUUGCUGAACCUGGACUUUAACGACAUUAAGGAUGUACCACAGGAGAUGCACCAGCUGUCCCGACUGGAGAGGUUGGCCUGCCAUCCUCUGGAUAAAGGGCUGCACAUCAUCCACAACCCGCUGCUGAAGCCCGUGAAGGAGGUGUUGGAGGGGGGGCUCAGCUCCCUCUUCAACUACCUGAGAGCUGUGUGAAGGUGGGGGCGGGGCUUUUACCUACCUGAGAGCUUGGUAAUUGUGGGAGUGGGGAUUUUAACUACCUAAUUCAAAUCAAUUGAUGUGAAUUUCAUUUAUAUAGCGCCAAAACAACAGUUAUCUCAUAGCGCUACUCAUAAAAGAGCAGGUCUAGAUCGUACUUUGUGAUAUUAUUUACAGAAAACCCAACAACUUUACCUACCUGAGAACUGGGUAGAGGAGG